AGAAGUACACAAUACCGUCAAUCUGCUCCUCGAUCUCCAAAUGCCGCCCUCGACGUCCCAGUCAUUGAAUUCCCCAUUCCUCACCCUUGGCUCAUACCGUCCCUGGAGGCCAUGGUUUUCAAGCGCCACACCUCUCCACUACACUUUGAACCCCUGUCCCCUCUACCCUCAGAGCUUCUGAGUGAAUUUUCUGAUAGCGACGAUGGACUAGACCGUGCUACUCGAGCUGCGAAAUGGAGGAAAAUUGAAAGGUUAGGCCAGGAUUACUUGGAGGGAAGGCCGUUGUUUAUUUUAUCCGCCGGUUUAAAGGGGCCCCUGGAAAAUGGAUGGGUGAACCCCUGGAAGCGGAAUAAGGAAAAGGAUAAGACACCACCACAAAAGCUAUCAUUGCCAAAACAAGAUAGGGAAAGGGGAUUGAAAAAUGGUGUCCAAGGCUCUAUAGCGGUGCCCUCAGAAGCUCCCUCGCGGCCUCUGAAACGCCCCUCGAACCGACCCCCCCGGGUUCGUCGUCAGGGAAGUGGGUUUGAGUCGUCUCUCGAACCAGAGCAAAUUCUAGAACUCCAAUCCAACCAAGUGCAAAGACAGGCAAGCAGUAAGGAUAGCGGACUGCUAGGAGCGGAUGUAUUUAGCAAUGCUCGACGAAUGCCUUCAAAUAGUAUAUUCUCAAAACCCCGAGCAGCAUCGGCGCAAGUGAAUUCAACGACAACUGAACGAACUCAUCGAUCUAUAUCCUCAUCCACACCAAAUCGUUGUUCAGUUGACGCCAACAACAGUUGGCUGAAGACUGAUGAAAGGAGACCACAUCUAGAAGAGUACGAACGCUCAACAGGCUCCAGUCCAACCCCUGGCUAUCGGCCACGCCCUUCUGUAAAACCUGGACAUAGCGCAGGAAGACCACACGACAAGAAAAGACAACGGGUGUGUGAUUUGAUCAAUGCUGACAGCAGGAGCUACACCCCUCCUCGUAUUGCGUUUACUCCUAUCAAUGGACAGGGAGUGUUAAGCUCCGCAUCAUCUAAAACAACCGGACAGCUUCUUCCGGAAGAAGGGCUCUCGUCCGGGAAGGGUUUGAGGUCGCCAGGUGGCGGCUCACACUUUUCAAAACCCGGCAAGCCCGCUUCCGCUUUCACGGGCCAUUCCAGCAGUAAGAAAAAGCGAGAGGUUCCUCCUCUCGAAGGGAAUACGGCCUGUAAAACAGUAACCAUGAUACAACCCCCAGGAUCCUUUCAAGCUGGACUUUCUACAGACGGCUUCCCAGAGUCUCAAUAUCGCCUCCAUGACCAGCCCGCAUCAAGCUCGGAUACACUUUCGAACUCUAAUUGCAACAUCGAACGUGACAAACAUUGUCGAUCUCAACCAUUGCAGCAUAAAACCUUACCGCGGAGCACAGAGAAGAGUCAGAUAAAUAAUGGCUCCCACACUUUGCCGGCGGAUCCAACCCCUAAUGGAAAAGAUGGUUUGCAAGACAGUCUGCAAAUCUCCAGCAAUGCGACAGCGUCAGCAACGAUACCAUCGGCCCAAAUAGUCCCAGACCAUUUCAAGUUUCCAAUUCCAACUAUGUCUCUCCAUUCCACGUACUUUUCGGCGGCCUACUCCAGCGCUGUUAGGCGUGGAAGUCAAAACGGUGGAUAUGAGGAGCACUUGUCGACGCAGGCACCUGUUCCUAGUGCUCAAAAGCUUGCACGGGAUGAGUUGGUGAUACCAGCCAAGCUGGACGAUACAAAGGCGUCAAAAGCCAAUGAAGCCUCGAAGGUAGCUGCAGGUGGUGAGCAAGCCAAGCGAUCGCAUUUAUCCGAGGCCAGCAUAUCGAACGUGCGAGCAAUCAAGCCAUUUUUCAGCACAGUUAAGAGGAUAAAACCCGGGAAAAGGUCCGAAGCUGAAGCGGCGACAGUAGAUGCAGCUGGAAAAAAUAAGGGUCAGCAGAAACAACGACAAAAUGGAAACCGAGCCCGAAACUCAGCUGUCUUCAAUGAUCCCUCAUCGCCCGCCUCUCACUCUCGAAGUCAAUCACGUUCACCAUCGCCAAAAGCUACAUCUCCGCCAUGCCUCUCAAGCCACCCUUUCAACGCACCCUACGCCAGCAUCAGCAUCCAAAAAAUUUCUCAGUGUGUCCCAUCUGGCGAGUCACAGAGCUCGAACCCAGCGUCCACACUCCCCCACUUCAACCUCACGGCCUCCACAAGCGACACACGGGGAUACCAAGACUGCCAGGGCCAGGGUCCGGGCUGGGAAAAUUUCGACCUGAGCCAGGCGAUCGCGGAGGCAGGGACAUUUUUGGGGACCUGGGAUUUUGAUAAGGUAGGCCUUGAGAGGGUCACUCAGGGUGAUAACACGAACAGCGUGAACAGCAUCAAAAGUCAUGGAUAUACGAGAAGCCGCAAUGCCAAUGAUAAUAGUAAUAGCGGCGGUGCUAAGUAUGAGAUACCGUUACUACCAGCUUCGUCAGGCACGAAGUUGCAGUCGAUACUGAAGCCAAAUACACCUGGGCAGUGAUCGGGAUUUGUGUUCUCAUCCUUUCUUCUUUUCCUUGCUGACCCAGCAUUCCGUGGUUGGAGGAUCUUAUUGUUUCCUUUAUAUCUUUUUGUUGGGUUUUUUUUAUUGGCGAUAGAGCGUUGAGCACUACUGCGCAGAAGUACAGAAGUAUUUAAACAUAUAUUAAGACAUAGAAUCCAUGGUGAAGUUAGCGUCAAGCGUGCAUGGCGAAUGAUAGAAGAUCAGCAUUGCAGAGUUGAGAGUUUCCUUUGCACGGCUGGGAUUUCCGU